AUGGCCGACGAACGACCAGCAACAAACUCGACAGAUGUCGACCUGGAAAAGGGUCAUAGCAGGCCGAGCUCUUCUCAGGAGCUCAAGCCAAAGACAGAGCCCGAGUCUGAUUCCCUCCAUACGAAUGAGAAGACCCUCAACAACGAACCAGAACAGGAGCCUGAACACAACACCGCGUCUCAACCAGUCGAUGACCCCAAUCUUGUCGACUGGGACGGCCCUGAUGACCCUGAGAACCCCAUGAACUGGCCCGACAGGCAAAAGUGGCUCAACAUUGGUCUCAUCUCUCUGUUGACUUUUGGUUCUUCCAUGUUCGCACCUGGUAUCCCUGCCAUCAUGGUGCAGUUUGGAGAAACGUCAUCCAUCACCGCCACCUUUGUCGUCUCUGUCUAUAUUCUCGGAUUCGCCUUCGGGCCCCUCAUCGUCGCGCCCGUCAGCGAGAUGUGGGGUCGUCGACCCCUUUACAUCUGGGGCAACAUCUUUUUUGUCCUCUUCUCAGUCGGCACCGCCCUGUCCCAGAACAUGGACAUGAUGAUGGCCUUCCGUUUUCUCAUGGGCGUCGCCGGCUCCGUGCCGAUCACUAUAGGCAGUGGCAGCAUCGCCGAUAUCAUGCCCGUCGAGAUGCGCGGCCGCGCCAUGUCCGCCUGGGCCCUCGGCCCCCUACUGGGUCCCUGCAUCGGGCCCGUCGCCGGUGGCUAUCUCAUCAGGGAGACGAGCUGGCGCUGGGUCUACUGGCUCGUCUGCAUUGUCGGCGGCAUCUGCAUCCCGCCGUCGUUCCUCUACAUGAAGGAGACGUACGCCCCCAUCCUCAUCGAGCGCAAGGUCCUGAAGCUGCGCAAGGAGACAGGCAACAACAACCUGCACAGCAAGCUCGACUCGGGCCAGAGCGUCGCCGACAAGUUCAAGAUCGCCAUCGUCCGCCCCGUCAAGCUCCUCUUCCUCGUGCCCAUUGUCACGAGCAUGGCCCUCUACGUCGCAAUCGUCUACGGCAUCCUCUACCUUCUCAUCACGACCUUCUCCUUUGUCUACCGCGACCAGUACGGCUUCGACGAGGGCACCGUCGGCCUGACCUUCCUGCCCGCCGGCAUCGGCAUGAUGAUCGGCGUCGUCGUCUUCGGCGCCCUCUCCGACAUGCUCGUCAAGCGCCGCAUGGCCGCCGGCGGCGACCUCGUGCCCGAGAUCCGCCUGACCCCCGCCGUCGCCCUACCCUGCGCCACCGUCCUGCCCGUCGGCCUCUUCAUCUACGGCUGGACGACCGAGAAGCAGGUCCACUUCAUCGUCCCCAUGCUCGGCGUCGUCAUCUUCAGCGCCGGCCUCAUGGGCGUCAUGAUGUGCAUCCAGAACUACCUCCUCGACACCUUCCCCCGCUACGCCGCCUCCGUCACCGCCGCCCUCGCCGUCCUGCGCUCCCUCGCCGGCGCCCUGCUGCCCCUCGCCGGCCUCGAGAUGUACAACGCCCUCGGCCUCGGCUGGGGCAACAGCCUCCUCGGCUUCCUCUCCGCCGCCAUGAUCCCGCUGCCGCUCCUCUUCUACCUCUACGGCGCCAGGCUGCGCGCCAAGUCGAACCCCCAGCUGUGA